AACCACUUCCUGCUGCCUAGCCUUAUUUAUUGAGCCCCUCCCCACUCUUAGCUUUACUAGUUCCCAUGGAUAUCCCAGUAACGAUCGAAGUUUUUUAGGCCAGCUUAGCUAGCUAGCUAGAUCUAACUGGUAUAAAGUUAUUGUAACUAUCACUAUUAAGCUGUAGAUAGCUGCAGUAAGUGUAGCUUCCUUCUAGCCAGCCAGUGAUGGUUGAACUAUCUACUUGAGCUUCUCUGAGUCUGUAUAGGGUGCUGGAGCACCAGAGUCUGGAUGGGGGUGCUGGAGCACCCUAAGCACCACCCUGUGUACGCCCCUGGGUACUCUUUUUGUCAACUGUAUAGAAAAUAAACAUUCAGGGGUACACUUUUUGUCAACUGGGUAUGGAAAAUAUAUAUUCAGGGGUCUUUUUGUCAACUGGUAUAAAAACUGAAUAUAUACACUUAUCAGUUUAGGUCCAAAAAAUAAUUGUUUAGCUACUAAACUAACUACUCUUCUAUAUAAUUUUAAAUGUACAUGAACUGGAAAGAGUACCCUCAAAUAAAAAGAGUACCCCCAAAUAAAUCCUAAGGUUAAAGUACACGUACUUUAACCUCGCUUGUAUUUCUAUUUAAAGCGCAGGCUUAGAGUUUGAGUGUAUCCCUACUUACUGUACCAGUACAGCUCGCCAGUAUAGUACAGUGCAGUACAGCAUGUCUUCAUGGUUAUUAGAGUCCCUUAGAACACUUAUCGACGAUCUGAAUACUGGGAACUCUGGUGUAACUACGCUGGAAGCUGCUGAUAGUUAAGUUACAAGAGGAGGAUAGAGUUGAUGUAUAGAGAAUUGUUGGCUACAGAGAUUGUUGAUGGAUCUUUGAGUCAAACAGAAACGGAAGCCCUGGGCUAUGUAGCACAAGCUUAUAAGGAAAUGAGCAAUUUGGUGGAUAUGCUGGUGGCACGACCAGUUGCGAGCAGAUUUUGUACACCUACCUUAGCUUCUGGAGAAGUGGGAAGGCCUUCAUUUCAGAUUCCCUGUGAUCAGCUCAGAUACCUUAUUGAUUACCGUUUCUCUGUACCUCAAAUUUCCCAGCUAUUAGGUGUGUCAAUUCGUACCGUUCGACGUAGAAUGUCUGAGAACAAUAUGUCCAUUCGAUCAACUUAUUCACAGCUCAGUGAUAAUCAACUGGAAAAGGUCAUAGCUGACAUCCAGCGCCUAUUUCCUAACUGGAAAUCGACAAAUGUAUGGCCAUCUCAUUUCUCGUGGUAUUCGGGUUCAAUAUCACCGGGUACAAGAGGCACAGUCUCGAGUUGACCCAGAAGGUAGUGUGUUAAGGAGGCUCCAGAUUAUCAGGAGGCGAUGUUACUCCGUACCUGGUCCUCAACACCUAUGGCGUAUUGACGGACACCACAAGCUGAUCCGGUGGAAGCUAGUAACCCAUGGUGGGAUAGAUGGUUACAGUCGUUUGAUAGUGUUCUUAAAGUGUUCCAGUAACAACAGAGCCGACACUGUUAUGCAAGCUUUUUCCGAAGCUGUCCGCUAUUAUGGCAAUCCAAGUCGUGUGAGGGCUGACCGAGGUGAGGAAAAUGUUGUUGUUAGUGACUAUAUGAUUGCCCUACGUGGAUCUGGAAGAGGCAGCUUUAUUGGUGGCCAAAGCGUGCAUAAUCAACGCAUUGAAAGGCUUUGGCAUGAUGUGUUCAGCUCAUGUAUUAUUGUGUACUACUCUCUUUUUUGUUACAAGGAAGAUGUUGGUAUAUUAAACAUAGAUGAUCCACUACACCUGUUUUCACUGCACUAUGUGUAUGUGCCUCGCAUCAAUGAAAGCCUAAAACAGUUCGAAAGUGCAUGGAAUAAUCACCCAUUGUCAUCAGUGCGUAAUCUGAGCCCAAAUCAACUUUGGUUGACUGGCACGCAUCCAGAUUUCUGUGAUGAUGAGGUAUCAUCACUCGAUCAGUUUGGGUUGGAUUGGAAUGGGCCACUCACUUCUGACAAUGAUGGUGUUGUAUGCGUGGAUCCACCAGACGUACCUCUUACCAGUGACGAUUAUGAACAGCUGUGUAUACAAAUUGAUCCUGUUCAGCUAAGUUCUGAGUAUGGGUUAGAUGUGUAUGCAAGAACAAUUCAAUAUGUGUACAGCCACAUUAGUUAGAGAUAGAUAUUAAUUUGUUGUGUGACUUUGUGUGUAUGAAACUGACAAUAAUUUAUUAUGAUUAUUACACUUAUAACCGAGUGGGGGUGAGCUUCCAUAACCAUUAAUUGACAUCCUCUUUAAUUUUAUGAUAAUUGCACAUAAUUAUAUUCAGUUAACGGCC